UCUACUGACAGGUAAAACCAGUCUGGCUAAAAUAAAAAGCGUGUAGUGAAACCAAACGCGGAUAUACUGUAUAAAUGACAGGAAAAUGAAAACCAGGAGAAAACCGCAUAGCCCUCCAGACUGACAUGAACGCACUUCUUCAUCCUUUUGUAGUUUUGUCUUUGACAAGUUUUCCAUUGGCAGUUGUAUGUCUGAGCCCUGUUUCUGUUCAGUGUUCAACGUCUCCAUUACUGGUGGCUUCAGGAACAAAUGCAGUGUUUACAGUGCAGACUGUGCCAAAUGUGCCCCUCAUCAGAUGGACGGACAGCGCAGCCACUACACUGGCCAUGUGGGUGAACGGCGGGCCCGUCCUGAUGCCGGUUCAGCAGUUCCAGGGCAGGAUCACAAUAUCUGCCACCCAGUUCACCAUCAGCAGCUGUCAGAUCAGUGACUCUGGAAACUACAGCGUCUCCGUCGAACCCUCGUCUACCUCUGGACUCAGUGUGAACACGUGUUCAGUGCAGCUCAAGGUGUUCGAUGCAGUGAGCGGUGUGAGUCUCUCUCUGCCGUCUCUGCCUCUGGAAGGAGGGAAUGUGUCUGUGAGCUGCAGCUGGACUGCGGGGUCUCAGGUCAGUGUGGUUUGGGGGAAAGCAGGAGCUCCUCUAUCCUCUGAUUCCCACAUCAGCAUCAGCUCUGGAUCUCUGCUCAUCAACUCGGCCAGCAGACAAGACUCUGGACAAUAUUCCUGUACUGUCAGCAACCCCGUCAGCGCUCAGACAGCCAAAGGAAACCUCAACAUCUACUGUGAGUCACUCAGAAAGUAGUUAUAUUUACUUACACAAUACACUAUCGUGCCGAAUGGGGAAGUUUGUCUUGGACCGUAUGUCCACAUUUGCAUACACUGAACAAAACAGACAACGCAAAUCAGCACAAACAUUCAAUCAUCAACACAAAUAUUACAUA